UCGAUUUGCAAAAAUAGCAACUGUGUGUGUAUAUAUAUAAGGGAACUGCUAGUAUAUAUUACCGUGGCAGCUAGCAGAGCUUUGCAUUGCAUUGUUCAUCAUCAUAUCCUCCGAUUUCCGAGUCCGAUCUCCUCAGCGGCCGGCUCGAUCGAUCACUUGCAAUUAAUUAAUUAAUACUAUUAUGGCUGCUGCUUUCUCCUCCACCUCCGUCGUCGUCGCUGUGCCGGUAACUACUUCCACGGCGGCGAACAGCUUCCUCGGGAGUAAUAAUAAUAACAAGCAGAAGCUCACUGUCAGCAGCAUCAGGAAGAAGAAGCAGCAUCAGCAGGGCGGCAGGGGGCUCAUCAUCAUCAGAGCCAUGGCGGCGGUGAACAAGCAGGAGGUGGACGAGACGAAGCAGACGGAGCAGGACAGGUGGAGGGGCCUGGCCUACGACACGUCGGACGACCAGCAGGACAUCACCAGGGGAAAGGGCAUGAUCGACUCCCUCUUCCAGGCGCCCAUGGGGGACGGCACCCACGUCGCCGUGCUCAGCUCCUACGACUACAUCAGCCAGGGACUGAGGCAAUACAACACCAUGGAUGGCUACUACAUCGCCCCCGCAUUCAUGGACAAGCUCGUCCUUCACAUUGCCAAGAACUUCAUGACCCUGCCCAACAUCAAGGUGCCUCUGAUCCUGGGUAUCUGGGGAGGCAAGGGCCAAGGGAAGUCCUUCCAAUGUGAGCUUGUCUUCGCCAAAAUGGGCAUCAACCCCAUCGUGAUGAGCGCCGGCGAGCUAGAGAGCGGCAACGCCGGUGAGCCGGCGAAGCUGAUCCGUCAGCGCUACCGUGAGGCCGCGGACCUGAUCUCCAAGGGCAAGAUGUCCUGCCUGUUCAUCAACGAUCUCGACGCCGGCGCAGGCCGCAUGGGCGGCACCACCCAGUACACGGUGAACAACCAGAUGGUGAACGCCACCCUGAUGAACAUCGCCGACAACCCCACCAACGUGCAGCUCCCGGGGAUGUACAGCAAGGUGGACAACCCGCGUGUGCCCAUCAUCGUCACCGGCAACGACUUCUCCACGCUGUACGCGCCGCUCAUCCGCGACGGGCGCAUGGACAAGUUCUACUGGGCGCCCACCCGCGACGACCGCAUCGGCGUGUGCAAGGGCAUCUUCCGCACCGACGGCGUCCCCGACGAGCACGUCGUCCAGCUCGUCGACGCCUUCCCGGGCCAGUCCAUCGACUUCUUCGGCGCCCUCCGCGCCAGGGUAUACGACGACGAGGUGCGACGGUGGGUGGCCGAGACCGGCGUCGAGAACAUCGCCAGGAGGCUCGUCAACUCCAAGGAGGCCCCGCCGACGUUCGAGCAGCCGAGGAUGACGCUGGACAAGCUCAUGGAGUACGGCCGCAUGCUGGAGGAGGAGCAGGAGAACGUCAAGCGCGUGCAGCUGGCCGACAAGUACCUCACCGAGGCGGCGCUCGGCGACGCCAACGACUUCUACGGCAAGGCGGCGCAGCAGGUGCACGUGCCCGUGCCCGUGCCGGAGGGGUGCACUGAUCCCAGGGCCGGCAACUUCGACCCUGUCGCCAGAAGCGACGACGGCAGCUGCGUCUAUAACUGAACUGAUGCAAGAGACGAUGGAUAUCGUCGUCGAUCCAGAAUCCAAUAAUAGCAGCUACAUACCUAGCCAACAUUUUCGUGACCUGCUUGAAACUACUACUUAGUUAUGCUAGCUGAUUAUUUACGCGAUAAUCGAUCUCUCUCAUGUAACUAAUUAUUACUCAAUGCAAAACAAAUUAUUAUUGAGUACUCCUAUGGAAAACAGCUGGAUUUUAA